AUGUGUGAAAACAUUAAGGGUAUCAGUUGGGCACGGUUCUUAGAAAUUUUCUAUGACAAAUACUUUCCACAGUGUGUCCGAGACAGAAAGAUGUCAGAGUUCAUGGAACUUAAACAAAACAGCAUGACAGUAGCUGAGUAUAAGGCUAAGUUCACUGAAUUGGCUAGAUUUGCACCACAUAUGGUCGACACUGACUACAAGAAAGCGAGACAUUUUGAAGGGGGACUCCAGAAUGAUAUCUUAGAAAAGAAUGGGCGAGUAAUUGCUUAUACCUCCCGACAGUUGAGACCACAUAAGAAGAACUACCUAACACAUGAUUUAGAAUUAGCUGCAGUUGUAUUCGCUUUCAAAAUCUAG